AUGGCGACUCCCAAUAAUAGGCUUUCUCUCGCCAUGGAGAGAACCGGGCAAUGGGUUUUCUCUCAAGACAUACCAACAGAUGUUAUAGUUGAAGUUGGAGAAACCACUUUCUCUCUCCACAAAUUCAUGCUGGUGGCAAAGAGCAACUACAUAAGAAAAAUGAUACUGGAAUCAGAAGAGAGCGAACUCACUAGAAUCGACCUCUCUGAUAUACCAGGAGGCCCUACAAUCUUUGAAAAAACCGCAAAAUUUUGUUACGGCAUCAACUUUGAAAUAACUGUCAACAACGUCGCCGUUUUGAGAUGCGCCGCGGAGUUCCUUGAGAUGACGGAUCAGUACUGCGAAAACAACCUCGCCGGACGGACGGAGGAGUUUCUCACGCAGGUUGCGUUCUUCACGCUCACUGGCGCCGUCACCGUCCUCAAGUCCUGCCACUACCUCCUCCCCUUCGCUGACGAAAUCAACGUCGUGAAACGCUGCGUCGAGGCCGUUAGUGCCAAGGCCUGCAGCGAGGCCAAUUUUCCCAGCCGCUCGCCACCGAACUGGUGGACGGAAGAGCUAGCAGUUCUCGACAUCGAUUUCUUCAGCAGAGUCAUCGCCGCCAUCAAGCAGCGAGGCGCAAAGGCUCUCACCGUCGCCGCCGCGCUCAUCACCUAUACGGAGCGUGUGCUCCGAGAUCUCGUCCGCGACCACACUGGCAACGGAAUCCACUCGUCAGAUCCCGGCGAUUGCGAUUCCAGAUCCAAACAACGCCAGCUUCUGGAAUCAAUCGUGGAUCUCUUCCCCGCCGAGAAAGCAGCGUUUCCGAUCCACUUCCUGUGCUGCCUCCUCCGUUGCGCGAUCUACCUCCGUGCCUCCACCGCCUGCAAAAUGGAGCUCGAGAAGCGAAUUUCCGCGAUCCUCGAGCACGUGACCGUCGAAGACCUCCUCGUGCUCUCGUUCAGCUACGACGGCGAGAGACUCUUCGAUCUCGAAAGCGUGCGUAAAAUAAUUUCCGGAUUUACGGAGAAUCAUAAAAGCAAUGCGGUUUUCACCACCGGCGACUUCAAAGAACCUUGCUUCACCGCGAUGCAGCGCGUGGCGAAAACCGUCGACGCGUACCUCGCAGAGAUCGCCGCCCACGGCGAUCUCAGCAUUUCGAAGUUCAACGGCAUCGCCAUCCUGAUUCCUAAAAACGCGCGUAAGGUCGAUGACGAUCUAUACCGCGCUGUAGAUAUUUACCUCAAGGCGCAUCCGAAGCUGGAUGAGAUAGAAAGAGAGAAGGUAUGCAGUGUGAUGGAUCCGUUGAAACUUUCAUACGAGGCGCGUGUGCACGCGUCGCAGAACAAGCGUUUGCCGGUGCAGAUUGUGCUGCACGCGCUUUACUACGACCAGUUGCGGCUGCGGAGCGGGCCGGAGGAGCGUGAAGUGACGUCGGAGAAGAAUCAGCUUCAGAUGGAUGUUUCGUUGGUGAGAGAGAACGAGGAGUUGAGAUCGGAGUUACUGAAGAUGAAGAUGUACAUUUCUGAUUUGCAGAAUAAGAACAUUCAUAACGCCGAUAACACUCAGGGGCAUGGAACGACGUCGUCUGGAACCACAAAAAAAACAACGUUCUUCUCCUCUGUGUCGAAAACGCUGGGAAAGUUGAACCCAUUCAGAAACGGGUCGAAGGACACGACCCAUUUGGAAGAUGGAAACGUUGAUUUGACCAAGCCCAGAAGGAGAAGGUUCUCUGUGUCAUAA